UUACCCAGCAGCAGCAAGCCAGCAACCGCUUCUAACUUUAACAAAACAAAACAAACACAGUUCCAACCUUUUCGGUUUCUGACCCAACCUUAGACUCCGAACUUUCUCUAUCCAUUCACACCCUGCCAACUGGCUACUUCUCCUACCUCCAUAUCUAUCUACUACUGCCAAGACUUGGUGCUUUUACUCUUCAAUUCUUCCAUCUUCUUUUUGAUCUAAGGAGUUUUCUCAGGCCAUAUCAGCACUGCUCAUAAAGUCUUAUGCUCAAGCUUCAACAUUUUUCGCCACAAUGGAAGGUUUUGGAGCCUUGGGGUUUAGUAAUGUAAGCAGUGCCACAAGGAAGAAAAGGAGUAGCACAUCCCGUCGUCCUCGGAGUGAGUCACAGCCUCAUUCAGAGUUCCAUGAUUUUUCUUCGUUGUCAUCUACACCCCCUUCAGACAAUAAUUUGAUGAACGUUGAAGAUGGAGCAUAUGAAGAAUCUGAUGAAGCUUCCAACAAUGGUUCUUUCCAAGGCAGUAAUGAUCGGAGGCGCGGUGGAGUUGAUUCAAAAAGAAGCAGUGAAGGUGUCCUUGCCCCCACUAAUUGGAAAAGCACAAGCAUGGUGGGAAGUUUUGGAAUUGAUUCAGAUGGACUAGAAAAUGAGAAGAAAGUCAAGAAAGUUAAACUUAAGGUUGGUGGUGUUACACAUACCAUUGAUGCCAAAUCUGUCUCCGGUGGUGCAUCUGGUGUUGGGUCUUCUACAAAAUCCUUUCGCUUUUCAGAUGCCCCUCGAUCACUGAGGAAAUCAAUUAUUAAGGACAAUUUUGAUGACCAUUCCUUUACUUCAGAGAAGGAGAGCAGCCUACAAAGGGUUCCAUGGAAGGAUUUCUCAAAAGGUGAUUUAGGUGUCCGGCAGUUUGAUCAUUCAAGGGCUAGGGUGUCUGCUGAGAAUAUCCCAACAAAGGAAAUAGACAAGCAUGAACCAGUCCGUAAGAGUAAGCGAGUUCCUAAAAAACGCUCAUUAGAAGGAGUGCUUGACGAUGCAGAGGAUGAUGGUGAGAUUCGAUACCUUGAGAAGGUUAAAACAAUCAGAGUAACUGCUGAUUAUGGUGUAGAACAUGGAGAAGAUGGAGGAAGAAAACAGCGGAAAUUAUCAAAGGUAGUGACUAGGAAUGUUGAUGGCCUAUACAACUUAGAUGUUGGAGAUUAUGGUUCAUCAAGAAUGGGCAAGGAGGCUAAGAAGUCCAGAUCAGGAAGAACCUCUGAAGAUGCUGAUUAUGUGGAAGAGGACGAAGAAUCAGUUUCUGAUGUUGAGCCAGAAAAUAGGAGAAAGAAAGCUAAAAAGGAGGUUAUUGAUUUUCUUGGGGACUCUAAUAAGGAAAUGACUGUUACAACACGUCAGCGUGCACUGCAAGCUGGCAGAGAUAUCUCUUCCAGUUUUGGUAUUGGUCCAAUUGAGUUCCCACAAGGAUUGCCUCCUGCUCCACCUAAAAAGCAAAAAGAGAAACUCUCUGAAGUGGAGCAGCAAUUGAAGAAAGCCGAGGCUGCUCAGAGACGCAGGAUGCAGGUGGAGAAGGCAGCUAGGGAGUCUGAGGCUGAAGCAAUAAGAAAAAUCCUUGGUCAAGAUUCAAGUAGAAAGAAACGAGAAGAUAAGAUAAAAAAGCGGCAAGAAGAAAUGGCACAGGAAAAAGCUACAAAUUCUUUGAUACUUGCAUCAGACUCUGUUAGAUGGAUUAUGGGGCCUUCUGGAACAGUUGUAACAUUUCCCAAUGAGGUGGGGUUACCAAGUAUAUUUGACCCCAAGCCUUGCAGUUACCCUCCUCCUCGAGAAAAAUGUGCUGUUCCAUCUUGUACAAAUCCAUACAAGUAUAGAGAUUCGAAAUCAAAGCUUCCCCUCUGCAGCCUUCAAUGCUACAAGGCAAUACAUGACAAGAUGUCUCCCCUUACUGCUUGUUAGUGAGAUGCACUUGUUCAUAUAGCCUGAAUAAGAAUGUAUAAUCAGUAACCAUAAAUUUCUAUUAUAUACAUAAGGCGUGGAGGGAUAGAUUAGACUCUCAAUGCUAAUAUAUGGAGUAUAGGAGAGAGAUGUUAGCUGAAUUCAAGACAUAUAUAUGUAUAUACAUGCCUUAUAUCUACCCUUGAUUAUAUUAUUAGCUAAGCAAUCAAGAUAUAAUGUAGACUCAAGAUAUAAAUCAAUAUAUAAUGUGAGAUUAAUUCGGAACUUGUGGUAAUAUUCUAGUAACGUUUGUAAAACCUA